CAUGCUCCAUAAAAAAAGCAUUACACAUAUAUGGGUGUGUCAUAUAGUUGUGUGUUGACAAGUGUUUAUUAACUAUAAUCAAAUAAUAAUUAAAAUAACAAUCAAAUAAAUUAUAAUCCAUCAAAAAUGAAUUAUGGAAAAAAAUCACCAAGUAUGGGAGGUGCAGGAUCUGUCUAUUCACAUGUCACCACAAGAAGUAGUGCUAAUUUACGAUCAUCAAGAUCAGCUAAAAGUGUUAAAAUUCCAUGGUAUGAAAAACCAAUUUUACAUCAAGCACUUGUUAUGGAUAUACAAAAAAGUGCAAUGCUUGCAGCAGUACUUUCAUUAUUUUUGGCUAUAUUCACAAUAACAACAUCAAUAUUUGAUAUUUACUGCUUGUACUUGGCAGUACCUGGUUCAACACACUAUGGAUAUUAUAUAUUUUCUUAUGAAUUUGUUUAUCAAGGAAAUCGACAUGUUAGAAAUGGUCUAGUUGUUUUUGCAUUAUUUUCAUUACUUGGAGCAAUGGCUGUAUUUGUGACAUCAAUUAUGCUGAUAAAUGCAUUGAGAAAAGAACAUGAAAAACGAAUGAUUCCAUGGCUAUAUGUAUUUGCUGGAUUUACAUGUUUUAAAUUAUUGGCAUCAUUAUAUUUUGAUAUUGUCAAUGACUUGAUAUUCAAGUACAAUGCAAUAAUGUGCUUUUUAUGGAUUUUAUUUAUAACAUUUUCUGUUUAUGGAUGGUUAAUUGUUUAUUCACUUUUUGUUGAGCUAAAAGAUUUAACAAAACUAGAAGAUCUUGCACAUUUAAGGAUUGGAACUAUGCAGUCAUUGAAUGCUUCAACGACACACUCCAUUGCUGGUUCACGUCCAACAACACCACACAGUACUGUAUCAACAAUGCCAGUUAACUAAAAAAAUUAAUAUUUUUAUUUUCAAUUUAUUAAUGAUGUUAAUCAUCGUGUAGAAUUUAUCGUACUUGACAACAAGUUAUAACUAAAUCCGUCCAUUUUUAGUGAUUUUUUAAAAAUACAAAAAAUAAUAAUUAUCAAUAAUUUUUCUAUUUUAUAUAAUAUAAAUAAAUAA